CUUUUAAUUAAAAACGGGGAUAUUGAUAGGCAGCUAAUGUCUGGGCUUAAGGUCCCGAGCCUCCCGUGUCAUUGGUGAGUGACCGAAUAUGUCCCACUGCAGGUUAUUUGCCAGGCUGCUUUUGCAGCAAAGUGGCGUCAGGCACUGUUAUACAGGAACAAGACAGAACCUCUACAUCACCAAGAACACUAAGGUCAUCUGUCAAGGUUUCACAGGAAAGCAGGGGACAUUUCACAGCCAACAGUCUCUCGACUAUGGAUCGCAGUUAGUUGGAGGCGUGUCUCCUGGCAAGGGGGGCAAGACUCAUCUUGACCUGCCUGUCUUCAAUUCAGUCAAGGAGGCGAAGGAAGGCACAGGAGCUGAUGCCACCGUGAUAUAUGUGCCGCCUCCAUUUGCUGCAGCUGCCAUCAUUGAGGCCAUUGAUGCUGAGAUUCCCCUGGUGGUGUGCAUCACUGAGGGCAUCCCCCAGCAGGACAUGGUCAAAGUGAAACACAGACUCCUGCGCCAGAGCACCACUCGUCUCAUUGGCCCGAACUGCCCAGGAGUCAUUAAUCCUGGGGAGUGCAAGAUAGGGAUCAUGCCUGGCCACAUUCACAAAAAAGGAAGGAUUGGUAUUGUGUCUAGGUCAGGAACUCUGACAUACGAGGCCGUGCACCAAACUACACAAGUUGGUCUUGGCCAGUCCCUCUGCAUUGGUAUUGGCGGGGAUCCGUUCAACGGUACGAACUUCAUCGAUUGCUUGGAGGUGUUCCUGCGGGAUCCCAAGACGGAGGGCAUAAUCCUGAUUGGGGAGAUCGGGGGCAAUGCAGAGGAGAAUGCAGCAGAGUAUCUUAAACAACACAACUCGGGUGCGAACGCCAAGCCCGUGGUGUCCUUCAUCGCUGGGCUUACUGCUCCUCCCGGGCGAAGGAUGGGCCAUGCCGGUGCGAUCAUUGCUGGUGGAAAAGGAGGCGCCAAAGAGAAAAUUGCUGCCCUGCAGUCAGCUGGAGUUGUGGUCAGCAUGUCCCCCGCCCAGCUGGGCAGCACAAUGUUCAAGGAGUUUGAGAAGAGGAAGAUGCUGUGAGCACUUUGGGAAGAUCUGUGACCUCCAAGACGAGCAACCGGAUUCUGGAUGUGCAUAUGCCCCCAUUCUCUUACCCUGAUUUAUCUCAGCUACCAUGAGCACACGUUCAGUGUUUAUAUUGUAAUUCUGCCAGGAUCUUGCACAAAAAGAAAGAAAGAGAACGAAAGAGUCUUGCUGUUAUUUUAAAGAGGCCAUUACAUACCAUGUCAAAGCUUGGCAGGUUUUCUUUCCCUUCCUCCACAUGAUGUUAAAGCUGAGCGAAGCCUGCCGUUGUCACUUUUGGUUGACUGCGCCUGUUGUAAGAAGUGUAUCCCAUCAUUUGUAAACAGCUGCCCACCUGAAUAAGAAAUCUGUCUCACCAUCA